UCGUUGGUUCAGUUCAUGUAUGCGAUUCUAAGUGUGGGUACCUCGAGAAAUUUGUGUUAUGCGAAAAGAAAAAUGGAGGUCAUAGUUCAUAUGCUUCUAGUCUGUUUGGUGUCAACGGUUUCAAUCUCAGAUGCACGUAAUACCGGAAAACCCCUCUACCACCACAUCAGUGUUCCAGACCAUGUCUCGAAGGACAGAGGAGUGGAAGAAGCGUCCAAUCAAAACCACACUGCCAUUUCCAGUACGGAGGCCGAGAGUGUAACAGCUGAUUUUCCCGGUGGAAUAGCAGCUGAUACGACCACUCUUACUGCUGAAACACCAGCAAAAACCCAGAGAUGGGUUGACAUCAAAACAUCUGUGAAAAGUCAGAGAUGGGAUGAUAGUAAAACUUCAACUCCAGUACAAAGUCAGAGAUCGGUUGAGACUUCAACUACAGUACAAAGUCAGAGAUCGGUUGAGUCUUCAACUACAGUGAAAAAUCAGAGAUUGGCGGAUACUGAAACUUCAAAACCAGUGCUAAGUCAGGGACCUGCUGAAACUUCAAGUUCAAGUGAGAAAUCGACUGAUGCGCAGCUGGGAGUGCGCACACGCUACAAUAUAGACGGAUAUGAGCAUUUAUUUAAUGAUACCAAUUCAACUGAUGGGCAGCAGGAUGAUGGUGUGGAAUUCCAGCAUCAUUCGUUCCAUGGAGAUUCAACAGAUUCGGAUACAGAGACAACAACGGAACCCGAGAUAGAGACAACGACAACACCAGCCCACCAUGGAGGUGAGUGGUACGACGACACACCUUUGCACCAUCCCUGUUUGCGCGAGUGCCGGGCGGGCGAAGCGCCCAUGACGUGUCACUACACAUUCGUGGUGGAGCUGUACUACGCGAUGAGCAAGGCCUGCUACAAUUGCGCGACCAAUGCCAGUGACUGCGACCGCCAUGACUGCAUUCCCACCAAUGGCGUGAAGCGGCCUAUCAUUGUUGUCAACCGGACCAUACCGGGGCCCAGUAUUGAGGUGUGCCAACACGACCGCGUGAUAGUGGACGUGCACAAUCAUCUGAUGGAGGAGACGACCAGCAUUCACUGGCACGGCCACCACCAGAGGGGGAGCCCCUACAUGGAUGGAGUGCCCUUCAUCACUCAGUGUCCUGUGCAACCCCGCACCGCCUUCCGAUACAGCUACGAUGCUGCAAACGCUGGCACCCAUUUCUGGCACUCGCAUUCUGGGUGCCAGAGAACAGACGGCGCCGUGGGUAACCUGAUCAUUCGCCAGCCGCGCGUGCGUGACGUUCACGCGCACCUUUACGACGCAGACCUGCCGGUGCACGUGAUCAACGUGAUGGACUGGGCGCACGAGUUGGGCGCGGCCAUGUUCGCGGCGCACUACCACAGCACCGGCGACAACAAACCCGAGUCCAUCCUGGUCAACGGGCGCGGCAGAUACUUCAACGACAGCCAGCAACUCACUCACACGCCGUUGGCUGUCUUCAACGUGCAACAGAACGUACGCUAUCGAUUCAGAUUGAUAAACGCUGGUAAUCAGAACUGUCCGCUAGAAAUGUACAUUGAGAAUCACACUAUGACCAUCAUAAAUAGUGAUGGUGGUGACAUCGAACCAAUAGAAGCUGCGACAUUGGUGAGUUACGCGGGCGAGCGAUGGGACUUUGUGUUGAACGCGAACGCGUCGGUCGGCAACUACUGGAUCCGCUUCAAGGGCCUCAUGGACUGCGACGAGCGAUUCACCAAGGCUCACCAGGCGGCCAUCUUGAGGUACCAGGGUGCCCCCGACGAGGAACCCGGCUCCAAACUCAGCUAUCACGGCCCUGUCAAACCGCAUCCCAAAGUAAACGCCAUGAAUGUGAAAAUGGGAGAACAUGGAACAGUCAGCAUACCUGAGUUGACGGCUGUAAAUACGAUGAUCACCGAGGACCCCAAUCUCAAGCCAGUGGCUGACCACCAGUUCUACAUAGCUUACGAUUUCUAUCCAGUCGACACGCCACACUACCAUAAACCUCAUUUCUAUGGAUUUUAUGACGUUCAGAAUAAGAAGGAGCGAGUUUACACGCCGCAGUUCAACCGUGUGUCUAUGCACAUGCCUUCCGAACCACUGUUGUCGCAACGAGAUGACAUCAACAAGGACAUGUUCUGCGAUCACAGCAAGCUCAACAACUGCACCAGUCAGUCGUGUCACUGCACCAAUGUCAUCAAAAUACCACUCGGCGAUGUUGUCGAGCUCAUUCUCAUUGAUGAAGGCCAUACAUACAACGCUAACCACCCGUUCCACUUGCAUGGCCAUGCAUUCCGAGUGGUAGGCAUGGACCGACUGGGAGAGGAGACCACGCUACAGCAAGUGCGCUCACUGGACAAGGCCGGCCGACUGAAGAGGAAGCUCACAUCGGCGCCACUCAAGGACACUGUCACGGUGCCUGAUGGCGGAUACACCAUUAUACGAUUCCAUGCCACUAAUCCUGGCUACUGGCUGUUCCACUGCCACCUGGAGUUCCACGUGGAGGUUGGCAUGGCGAUGAUAUUCCAGGUGGGCGAGCACACCGAGAUGCCCCCCGUGCCCCCUAAGUUCCCCACGUGCGGCGACUAUCUGCCGUCGGCCGACGCUGACUCCAGGGCGGCCGUCGUAGACAACGAGAUCGACUUCGGUGACGAGUACAGAAACGGCCGCAAAUCGGCCAUCAAUGCUUCUACAACACUGCACAGAAAUGUGUUGCUCUUGGCUGUUGUGUGUUUUCUAACGGUUUUUAAGAGUGUCACGUGAAAUAGUGAUGGAUUGCACUGAAUAGAUUUUUGUGACUGAAUUAGUUAGUUCGAAUCGUGAGGCUGCAAAUCCAAAUGGGGAACAGCCUUCAGCCAGUACCUCCAAGAAACUAUUUUUCUCUAGGCUCAAGUCCGUUAGUGUAUAAAGCUGCGUACAGAUAUACGCGCCUCCAACCCGCUCCGCGCAAGCUCCGCCCUCGUUCCUCCAUCGCUCCGCCCCCGCUCUGCAGUCGCACCGAUCAUGAACGUUACGGGAGAUGUUAGCUCUUCUCGCGUUCCACUCUUGCUCCCCGGUCGAUCAUCAAUCGAUCUGCUCGAGUGACGUUUGGUUGCGGAGCAGAGCGAAAGUCUGUACGCACCUUUAGAAGUCCUGCUUCAGCGAUCCAGUGGGCGGUCUGUCAACUAUAAUGCCAAAAUCAAAAACCCAACCCUUUUUAAGUAGAAUUUGUAAGUAGUUGGUUGAUUGUAGAGGGUAAUGCAAUAGAGAAAAGAUUGAUUGUAGAGGGUAAUGCAAUAGAGAAAAGAUUGAUUGUAGAGGGUAAUGCAAUAGAGAAAAGAUUGAUUGUAGAGGGUAAUGCAAUAGAGAAAAGGUAGCAUAAGAUAUCCCAUGGUAUAGGGCGUUUAUGCUCCAAAUUUCAUUGUUAACUCAAGCCGAUGAUAGUCCUAUAGUGAGGUCCACGUUAUAAUGACAGUAUUUGAUUAACAUUGGUGUUGCUAUCCUUGUCUAUCAUUCGACAAAACAGAUAACACUAUCUUUUUCUGGCUCCGCAACGUUGCGAAGUUCGUUUUUAACAAUGUAGAAAUGUAAUUAAUCGAGGCAGACAAACGGAAAUGCCGUUCUCCUAUAUUCUCCUAUCUUUAUCCACUAUCAUUAUAAUGUGGACCUCACUAUAGUAGUUCUUUUUCGUGAAGCUAUGUGACGCUGGUAGUCUCUCAUAUUGUCCCGUUCGUAGGCCUACACUCUCACUCGGCCAAAAUAGUAAUAAUAGACAGUAUUCGACAGUAAUCUGCUUGAAUUAACAAAAAAUCGGCUUGAAAUUCGGAAUAUAAAAUACCUAUACCAUGAGAUAUCUAUGAGAUGCUAUCUAUUCUCUAUGGUGAUGCUUACUUCUCUCAAGCCUCAUGAUGUCCCCAUUUGCAUUGUCAGCCGUUAGUAGCUCAAAGCAUUGAAAUUUGUUCCUCGUAAUUUUUGGUUAGGUUUCUAUAAAGGUGUCUCCACACCUACCGUAGCCUAGCUAGAAAUACGUCAAAGACGUAACCUUUAUAUCUCCUAAUGUCAAAUUAUCGCUAAGCUGGUGCGAAAUUGACAGAUUGAUGAAAAUCAGGAAAUACGUCGGCUACGUCUUCCGAAAACGUAUUUCUAUAGUGUGGUCUACGUUAUAAUGGCAGCGGAUAAAGAUAGAAGAAUAGCGAUGCCGAUUCUCUGCAUUAAUUAAUUAUAUUUCUACACCGUCAAAUACAUAAUUGUCAUCAUUGUGGACCUUGAAAAGGAUAGUACCACCGGCUUUGUCGAAUGAUAGACAAGGAUAGCAAAACCAAAGUUGAUCAAAUACUGUCAUUAUAACGUGGACCGCACUAUAGCUACGGUAAGCUAGGUAUGAAGUAACCUUAAAAUUUCUAAUAGUAUCAAGUGUAGUAGGUGUAGGACUGAACCCGAACAAUAUAGACUGUAUGCAAAUGUGUGACUGUGAAUAUGCAGCAGUUACUAGAAUAAUUUAUUAUAUCUUCACGUGAAAUGAAAUACCUUUAAUAAUUAUAAGUAAUGUCGACUAUUGUGUACAAACUGUAAAUAUUUGCGAGUGUUUACCAAAAUAGUAAUAUUUUUCUACAGAAUAAAAUCGUAUGAAGGACAAUAAGGUAAUUCUUUUGUGAGGGUGAUGCUCAUUCAAGUCUAGUUUGUAGGCUAUCUUUGACAAUUAUACAGAGUGAGUGAUAUGUAUGGGAACCUCUCAAUAAGUUGGAGACAGUUGUAGAUAUAAUACUGUAACUUUCAGGAUAAGUUAUUGUUAAAAUAUUCUCCCUUUUGACUUACAUCUGAAUUUCAACCCCUCACAAGGGGGUGACUUAGGGGUUGUAACUCGAAUAUUUUAAAUGUAAACACCCAUUGUUUGGUACAUCAUUUUAAAGACCUUUUUAAAACUAGGAAAAUGACAUGAAUUAAAAUGUUCUAUGAUAAUUGUUUUUAAAGUAAUGACGAGUUGUAACUCUAAUAUUUUGAAUGUAAACGCCCAUUGUGUGAUACAUCAUUUUGAAGGCCUUUUUAAAACAAGAAUAUCACAAUAGAAAUGUUCUAUGAUACUUUUAUCCAAAAUGGAAGCUGAUUGAACUUUAUCAAUUAUUCCUUUAAAAACUAAAACUUGAAUCAGCCGCCAUUUUGUAUAAGACUAUCAUAGAACAUGUUUAUUAAUGUCAUAUUUCCUGUUUUGAAAAGGUCUUCAAAAUGAUGUAUCAUACAAUGGGUAUUUAAAUUUUAAAUAUUUGAGUUACAACCCCUCAUUACUUUAAAAACUAAAACUUCAAUCAGCCGCCAUUUUGGGUACAAGUAUCAUAGAAGAUUUUUAUUGAUGUUAUCUACCUUGUUUUCAAAAGGCCUUUAAAAUGAUGUACCAAACAAUGGGUGUUUACAUUUAAAAUAUUCGAGUUACAACCCCUAAGUACCCUCUAAGGGUAAUAAAAGAAUGCCAAUGAUAUUUUGUAGAAGGAAAUAGAAAUUUAUUAAAAUUUGAAAGGUGAAAUUAUAUUAUUAAGAUAGAAAUCGGAUACAGUAUUGUGUAUUAUCCUAUUCAUACAGAAGGGAACUUAAUUUUAAAUAUUCUGUUCUCUAUAAAACAGAAGAUAAAGUCUAUAGGCUAAAAUUUAGACAUAAGAGAAAUUUACAAACUUGAAUAAGACAAAAUGUAGCCUACUGUUACAGUACAAGCAGGUUGCUCAAAUUUUUAUCAAGUUUAAUUGUCGGCCAGACAAAAAAGUGACUUAAACUUUCUUAGUAUUUUUAUACGCAUCAAAUAGUAUUUUACUGUAAAUAUAAUACAAAUAAGCGCUGUGAUCAUCUUAUACUAGAGUAGUAUAUUAUUAUUGAUAGAUUAUUUUAUUUACAAAAAUUCAAAUUAUUAUGUAUACCAUGCGUAUUCAAUUGAAUUUUAUAUCAACAACGAGAUUCAAUUGUUCAUAUAAUUGUAUAAUAUCGUUAGUAGGACAACGUCUAUGUAGUGCCUAUUAAACAUAUAAUUAUUACUGUAUACAUUUUUAUCAAUACCAAUACUUAAUUUGUUUUUUAUAUAUAUGUGAGGAAGAUGAGUAUUUGACAAGUGGCUUCUUCAAAAUUCACUUCAAGUGAGAGAUAAAGAAAUAAUUGUUUUCUUUGAGCAUAAGAGUUGAAUGUUGUUGACGAUAGAGUAAUUGCCGUUUUCACAUUUACCGAUUGUCGGCUAUACACUCUGAAUUAUACUCCGAUUGGCUGUUUCAAACUAACCGAUUAUCGGCAGAACCUAGAAUGUCCUUUGAUUGGCUGAGAAUCAGCUGUUUAUGAGAAUCAGCCAAUCUAAGGGCACAAUUUCUGCCCUUUAUACUGACAAUCGGUAAGUGUGAAAACGGCCAUUGGUUGAGAAACAGCUAUUGGUGAGAAUUAGAGCCAAACAGAGGAUAAUUUUGAGUGUCGGCCAACAAUCGGUAAGUAUGAAAACAACCAAAACGGAAUGGAAAUCGGGACUUUGGUUCCACUUGAUUUUUAGUAGUGAUGUGGAAGAUAUAGAAUAAAUUAUAAAAUAAAAAUAUUGUUACCAAAACAAUUUCAAAUUAUUCUUAAAUACCGUAACAUAACGUGAGUAAUUUUAGUUAUACUUAUUGAAACUACUUACAUAAGAAAUUACAGUACUUCAAUGUGUGGUAAAUUGGAAGUAAUUAUCUUUCGAGGUGCAGGGAGAAGAGAUGACCAACAUCGUAGUCGAAAGAAUGGGUUAAAAAUCGGAAUCAAACGUCCUAACGUCUUGCUAUUUCAAACACAAUAUAAAAUAACCAUCACUAAAAUUAUUCUAAUAAAUAGUUUAUUAGUUGCUGUGAAACUCAAAGCAAAUAUUUAAUUAAAAGUUUAAAAAAAUGUCAGUUUGUGAACCAAAACCUGUUGAUCAGGAGAAAUAUUUUUUUUUAAUUGCAGUAUUAAAAACUUACUUUUUUAAAUUUAAACUCAAUUUUUGAAAUUAAGUCUUCUGCAUGCCUUAUCUGGUGCUUAUUCUUAGAAUACUCAUGUGCCUUCAAUAUUCAGAAAUAAUAUUAAUUUUCUAUACGUUUAUAUUGUACUGACAUAUCACAAAAUCUUCAAAUACAAUUUUCUGUAGCUGUAAAUAAUCUACUGUUGAAGUGAAAUGAUAGAGAUAUGAAUAAAUUCUACAUCUCUGUUCCUAUAGUGUAAAUUUAAAGCUACUGUUAAUAAGUUAUACUACUUUUUAAUUUUUACAAAAGAGAAAGAUCUUGGAAUGUUAGGUAAAAUUUUAAAUUGUACUGAAAAUUUACAGUAAGUAUAAUUUAUGGACUUAGUAAGUUAUCAUAUCACUUUCAAUUUCUACAAAAGAACAAGAUCUUGGAAAGUAGCGUAAAACUUUUACUGAAAAUGUACAAUAGGCUAAGUAUAAUUUAUGAACUGUGAUCUUUAAGGGAAUGUAAAUAAUAAUUGUAAGCAAUAUUGAAUGUAAAGAAUGCAUUAAAAAUUAUACAAAAAAUCUACCAAUAUUUAUUGAAAAUUAAUAAAUUGAAGUUCAAUUAUUUUCUACGACAAA